ACGACAACCACAAGCCCUCGACCAAGAUGAGGAUCGAAGAACUCAUCCUGGACGGCUUCAAGUCGUAUCCUGUCCGGACGACCAUCUCAAACUUCGAUGAGUCGUUCAAUGCCAUCACCGGCCUCAAUGGUUCGGGAAAGUCCAACAUCCUCGAUGCCAUCUGUUUCGUGCUUGGUAUCACCAACAUGCAGUCGGUUCGCGCAAACAACCUCAUGGACCUCAUCUACAAGCGUGGACAGGCAGGCAUCACCAAGGCCUCCGUCACGAUCGUGUUCAACAACCAGGACCGUUCCAAGAGCCCUGUCGGCUUUGAGAAUGCAGCGCAAAUUACAGUCACCCGUCAGAUUGCGGUCGGAAACGUAUCCAAGUACCUCUUGAACGGCCACAAGUCGACUCUGCAGGCCAUCCAGAACCUGUUCCAGUCGGUGCAGCUCAACAUCAACAACCCCAACUUCCUCAUCAUGCAGGGCAAGAUCACCAAGGUGCUUAACAUGAAGCCGGCUGAGAUUCUCGGUAUGGUCGAGGAGGCUGCGGGCACCAGGAUGUUCGAGGAACGCAAGGACAAGGCUGUCAAGACUAUGGCCAAGAAGGACAAGAAGGUCGAGGAGAUUGAAUCGCUUCUUCGUGAGGAGAUCGACCCCAAGCUCGAGAAGCUCCGCGCCGAGAAGAGGUCGUACCUCGAGUACCAGAAGGCGACCAGCGAGCUCGAGCGCCUUACCCGCCUCGUCAAGGCCUACGAGUGGAAGCUCGUUGUCGACAAGCUCGACAAGGCCGCUGGUAACAUCAACCAGAAGAAGAAGGACAUCGAGGUCGCUAAGGAGGACAUUGAGCGCGGUGGUCGCGAGUGCAAGGGUAUGGAGAGUGAGCUCGCGGACAUCGAGGCCAGGAGGACAAAGGAACUGGCCAAGGGCGGAAAGGUCCAGGGCCUCACCGACGCAGUCAAUGCGCUUGACCGUGAACUCGUCAAGACCAAGGCCCAGCUCGAGAUCCACGAGAGCACAGUUGCGGACGACGCGAAGCGCAUCGAGGUCGCCAAGAAGUCUGCCAAGGACCUGCAAGACUCCCUCGACAAUGGCCGCAAGUCGUCUUCCGCGGACUCUGCUGCUUUCGCAGAGCUCAAGGCGGCUUACGACGCCGGUGCCACCGAGCUUGCUCGCACAGAAGAACUCCUCCAGACUCUCCUCACCGGUGUCUCCUCGUCUUCCAACGACGACGAGAAUGCUGGUGGCUACCUCGGUCAGCUAGCCGAGGCCAAGGCCCGUCUCGCUGCUGCUGGUACGGCGGCUGAGCAGGCAAAGGUCAAGAUUGGCCUCGCUGAGCGUGAGCUCAAGGAGAAGGAGCCGCGCGCCAAGAAGGCUGAGAAGGAGGGUGAAGGGCUCAUCAAGGAGCUCGCGGCCAAGCGCGCCGACGCAGAGAAGCUCAAGACCCGUGUUGAAGCUGCUGGAUGGGACGAGACUAAGGAGAAUGAGCUCCUCUCCCGCCAGGCCGAGCACGGUCAGAAGGUCGCCCAGCUCUCGGAGCAGCGUGACAACCUCAAGUCGCGUCUCGCCGCCAUCGACUUCACCUACUCGGACCCGUACCCCAACUUUGACCGCUCCAAGGUCAAGGGUCUUGUCGCCACCCUCGUUGACCUCGACAAGGCCAACUUCGCAAGCUCCACUGCUCUUGAGAUCUGCGCUGGUGGAAAGCUCUACAAUGUCGUCGUCGAGGACGAGAAGGUCGGCUCGGCUCUCCUCGACAAGGGCAAGCUGCGCAAGCGUGUCACCCUCAUUCCCCUCAACAAGAUCAACGCCUUCCGCAUGUCGGCCGAGAAGAUUGCAGCCGCCAACAAGCUUGCGCCUGGCAAGGCCAAUGUGGCCCUCGACCUCAUCGGUUACGACGAAGAUGUCAGCGCCGCCAUGGCCUACGUCUUUGGCGACGUGUUCAUCUGCAAGGACAAGGAGUCGGCCCAGGCGGUCACAUUCAACAAGGCUAUUGGCGUGCGUUCGGUCACCCUCGACGGCGACGUCUAUGACCCCUCUGGCACUCUGUCCGGGGGUGCCGCUCCUUCAAGCUCUGGCCUUCUCGUCAAGGUCCAGGAACUUCGUGCUAUUGAGCGCGAGAUGAACAAGCACAAGCAGGCUUUGGAGGAAGCUUCGCGCGAGCUGGCCAGCGCCAAGAAGGUCAUCGACCAGUGGCGCAAGGACAAGCGCGAGCUUGACCUCUGCUCUCACGCCGUCCAUCUGCUCGAGGAGCAGGUCAGCGGCAGUAACGCCACCAAGAUCAUCUCAGAGGUCGAGGCCGCCCGCAAGUCCCUCGUCGAGCUGAAGGAAGUUGUCAGCGAGGCCAAGGAGAAGCAGAAGAUUGCCGCUGCCGACUGCAAGCGUCUCGAGAAGGAGAUGGAUGACUUCAAGAACAACAAGGACUCGAAGCUCAAGGAGAUCAAGGCGGACAUUGCCAGCAAGAAGAAGGAGCUUAGCAAGAAGACUACUCAGGUCAAGCUGCGCCAGAAGGAGGUCCAGACUGCCGAGCUCGAGCUCCAGCAGCUCGAGGCUGACGUCGAGGCUGCACAGGCCGAGAUCACGGAGGCCGAGUCUGCCCACUCGAAGAGCAAGGCUGAGCUCAAGGCCCUCGGCGAGACCUACGCUUCUCAGCAGUCCGACUACAAGGCUGCCGAGGCCAAGCUCAAGAAGGAGCGCGCCGUCCUUGUCGCGUUCGACACGGAGAUGGCCGACCUCGAGAAGGACCUCAAAGCCAAGCGCCAGGAGAUUGUCGACGCCGAGCUGGCCCUCAAGAAGCUCGACCAUGACCUUGUCCUUGUCACCAAGGAGCGCUCCUCCUCCGAGGCGAUGAAGGAGAAUCUCGAGAAGCAGUUCACGUGGAUUCCGGAUGAGCACCAGUUCUUCGGCAAGCCUGGAUCGCCUUACGACUUUGCGGGCGUCAACCUCAACCAGGCUCGUGAGCAGUGCCGAGAGCUCGAGGCGCAGCACAAGGGCAUGGGCCGCAAGAUCAACACCAAGGUCAUGAACAUGAUCGACAACGUCGAGAAGAAGGAGCAGGCAUUGCGCAAGAUGAUGGCGACCGUGCUCAAGGACAAGUCCAAGAUUGAGGACACGAUCGCCGAGCUCGACCGUUACAAGCGCGACGCUCUUCUCAAGACGUGGGAGAAGGUCAACAAGGACUUUGGUCUCAUCUUCGAGGAGCUCUUGCCUGGCAACUUUGCCAAGCUGCAGCCUCCCGAGGGCCAGGACCUGACCGAGGGUCUCGAGGUCAAGGUCCGCCUCGGCAGCGUCUGGAAGGCGAGCUUGACCGAGUUGUCGGGCGGUCAGCGAUCGCUCAUCGCGCUCUCGCUCAUCAUGUCUCUGCUCCAGUUCAAGCCGGCGCCAAUGUACAUUCUUGACGAGAUUGACGCCGCGCUCGACCUGCAGCACACACAACAUAUCGGCCAGCUCUUCCGCACACGGUUCAAGGGCAGCCAGUUCAUCGUCGUCUCGCUCAAGGAGGGUCUCUUCACCAACGCCAACGUCCUCUUCCGUGCACGCUUCCGCGACGGUACCUCGGUUGUCGAGCGCACGGCCAGCCGCUCCGCCAACGGCUUCUAUGAGGACAAGGAGAACAGCGCCGGCGGCGAUGGUGACAAGGCAGCCGCGGGCGGCAAGAAGCGGACAGCAGCGGGUAGCAGCACACGCGCGCCUCUCACUGUUAGAUAG